GUGAAAAUUAAAUUCAAAUAAUAAUAACAAUUAAUAACCAGUACAAUAAUACAAAUGGCCAAAGGAGGAAAAACAGCAGCUAGUGUAAAGAAGGGAUCAUCAUCUGGAGGUUCUCUAGAAUACAAUCCGAAGAAAAAUCUUGUAGAAAUAAUUCCUGGAGUUGUUGGGCCGGUUUUACUGCCCACUUUACCAACACCAGGAACACCAUUGAAUACAAACUAUGCAGGACCAACAGAUUAUUCAAAUUGGCUGAUACCACAUCAUAUUUGUGUCGGAGGAUAUCCAAGAUCAAAGGAAGUUGAUAGUAUUGUAUCGAGUGGAGUGACAACUUUUGUUAAUUUAGUGGAGGAAGAUGAACAAUUGAGAUGUGGACCAUUCUAUUUUGCAAAUGCAUUGAAAAAGACAACAAGAUCUAAAUUGAAUUAUGUUACAUUUCCAAUAAGAGAUAAGAAUAUUGCUGAAGAUGACAAAGUGACGGAAUUAGUGACAUUGUUAGCUCAAUUGGUGAAUAGAGGUGAAGUUUUAUACGUUCACUGUGUUGGAGGACAUGGAAGAACAGGAACAGUCGCAGCCAUUCUCCUUGGUCAACUCUUCAAUAUUUCAGCCUAUGACAGUUUAAAGUGGGUUCAACUUUUCCAUGACGAACGAAAAGUAACAAAUGGAAGAAAGAGUCCAGAGUCAACCGUUCAAAGAGAUCAAGUUUUCAGACUUUUAUCAAAGAAAUAAAAAAACAAGGCUUUGAGAAUUUAAGCGCC